AUGCUGCCCGGGGAAGUGCCCCUGCCUUUACCCGUUCAAAAUGAGAUCCCCGUGGUGAACACACGCCCGCGGAGGAACCAGGGCAAUAGGCGUACAAAUCACCGCAUUAUUGUGCGGCUGCCGCUGCGCACCGGAGGCGGCGGCGGCAGCAGCGGCGGCGGCAGCGGUGGCGGCGGCGGCGGCGGCGGCGAAGCGGCUGCCGCGGCCCAACCAGCGUGGGUGGAGGACGCCCCGCCAGCCGAGUCGCCCCGUGAAACUCAACCGCGCCGCAACGAAAACGACGGCGAGUUCAUACACCGCCGUACCGGGAAUGAACUGGUGACGAUGCAUGUCUCCGUACCAUCCAGGCUCGUGGCCAGUAUCAGCGGAGGAGUUCUGAACUAG